CUUCUCAUUAUCCUCACAUAAAAAGAAAAAGAAAAAGAAAAAGAAAAAAAUGGAAUAAAUUAAUUCUUCAAGGGCCCUGUUUAAUGCAUAACUGGAAGAAGCUCUUGUGUUCUGUAUUGAGUUUGUUCAAAAUGGGGAUCUGCCCUGGGGUGGAGAUGCUUCAGAAGCUGCUCGACAUGUUUUUCGUCGGAAAUCUCAGGAAAUUAGGAUACAACGGCGGCGGUGGCGGCGGUACCGGCGACAGCAAGAAGAUCAGAGGAACUGUGGUUUUGAUGAAGAAGAGCGUCCUCGACUUCAAAGACGUCAAGGCUUCGGUUCUCGAUCGAGUUCAUGAGUUUUGCGGGAAGGGCGUCUCCAUUCAACUCAUUAGUUCUGAGAAUCCUUCUGAUUCAGCUUCGGCGGCGUAUUUGGAGCAGUGGAUUACGACGGUGAAGCCGUCGAUGACGGCGGACGAGAUUGCAUUUACAGUGUUCUUCAAGUGGGAGGAGACGAUGGGAGCACCGGGGGCGUUCAUCAUAAGAAACCACCAUGCGAGCCAGUUUUACUUGAAGACAGUCACUUUACAUGAUGUUCCUGGCCAUGGCUGUGUGCAUUUCGUCUGCAAUUCUUGGGUUUAUCCUGCUCAUCGCUAUUCCUAUGAUCGUGUCUUUUUCUCAAACAAGAGUUACCUUCCAUGUCAAACACCUGAGCCAUUGAGGAAGUAUAGGGAAGAAGAACUUGUUAACCUUCGGGGAAACGGCAUCGGUGAGCUCAAGGAGUGGGAUAGAGUUUACGACUAUGCUUAUUACAAUGAUCUCGGGAUGCCAGACUCGGGCAAAAAGUAUGUACGCACUGUUCUUGGUGGCUCGAAGGAGUAUCCAUACCCCCGAAGAGGGCGAACCGGACGAAAACCGUCGAAAUCGGAUCCAUGCUGCGAAAGCAGGUUGCCUUUGCUGAGUUUAAAAAUUUACGUGCCAAGAGAUGAGCAGUUUCGACACUUGAAAUUAUCGGAUUUUCUAGCUUAUGGUCUAAAGUCGAUUAUUCAGACAUUGGUCCCAGAGAUCAAAUCUUUGUGUGACAAAACUAUCAAUGAGUUUGAUUCCUUUGAUGACGUUCUGGAUCUUUACGAAGGAGGAAUGAGGCUGCCAAAUGAAAUACUAGGCAAUCUCAGGGAACUGGUUCCUUGGCAGCUGUUCAGGGAGCUGAUGCGCUCUGAUGGCCGCCAAUUCCUGAAGUUCCCGAUACCCGACGUGAUCAAAGAGAACAAAACCGCUUGGAGGACAGAUGAAGAGUUCGGACGAGAAAUGCUUGCUGGAGUGAACCCGGUGAUCAUUCGUCGACUCCAAGAGUUUCCUCCCACCAGCAAGUUGGAUCCUAAAACAUAUGGAAAGCAGAACAGUUCCAUAACAAAAGAUCACAUAGAACCGCACUUGAAUGGCCUCACUAUUGAUCAGGGUCUGGAAAAUAACAAACUGUUCAUUCUGGACCAUCACGAUUCACUAAUGCCGUACCUCAGUCGAAUAAACUCGACGUCCACAAAGACGUAUGCUACCCGAACACUCCUCCUCCUGCAGGACAAUGGGAUCUUGAAGCCAUUAGCCAUUGAACUAAGUCUACCACACCCACAAGGGGACCAUCAUGGAGCUGUGAGCAAAGUCUUCACUCCGGCCGAGCAUGGUGUCGAGGGAUCUGUUUGGCAGUUGGCCAAAGCUUAUGUUGCCGUGAACGAUUCCGGUUAUCACCAGCUGAUCAGUCAUUGGCUGAACACUCAUGCUGUGAUAGAGCCAUUCAUUAUUGCAACAAACAGACAGUUGAGUGUCAUUCACCCAAUCUACAAGCUUCUUCACCCACACUUCAGAGAUACAAUGAACAUAAAUGCUCUGGCAAGGCAGAUUCUUAUCAAUGCUGGUGGGAUUCUUGAAGUCACUGUCUUCCCUGGAAAAUACGCCUUGGAAAUGUCUGCUGUUAUUUACAAGAACUGGGUCUUCACUGAUCAGGCACUCCCUACUGAUCUAAUCAAGAGAGGAGUGGCCGUUCCUGAUCCAAGUAGCCCCCAUGGCCUCAAGCUUCUGAUAGAGGAUUACCCUUUCGCCGUCGAUGGGCUAGAAGUCUGGUCGGCAAUUGAAACUUGGGUCAGAGAAUACUGUUAUUUCUACUACAAAUCAGACGAAAUGGUCGAAGAGGACACUGAAGUUCAGUCAUGGUGGACAGAGGUUCGCAACGCCGGCCAUGGCGACCUGAGAGACGAGCCAUGGUGGCCCAAAAUGAACACCAGAGAAGACCUAAUCAAUUCCUGCACCAUCAUCAUCUGGAUCGCUUCCGCCCUCCACGCCGCCGUAAACUUCGGCCAAUACCCAUACGCCGGCUACCUCCCAAACCGGCCGACGGUGAGCCGCCGGCUCAUGCCGGAACCGGGCACGCCGGAGUACAGAGAGCUCGAAACCGACCCCGAUUUAGCCCUACUGAAAACCAUCACAGCGCAGCUCCAAACAAUCCUCGGCGUAUCGCUAAUCGAGAGCCUGUCGCGACAUUCCGUGGACGAGAUUUAUCUAGGGCAGAGAGAUACGCCGGAUUGGACUUCCGAUGAAGAACCGGUGGCGGCUUUUGAGAGAUUUGGGGAUCGGCUGAGGGAGAUCGAGGAGAAGAUUAUGAGGAUGAACAAYGACGAGAGAUGGAGGAAUCGAAUCGGGCCGGUGAAAUUGCCCUACACAUUGCUAUUUCCCAAUACCUCCAACUACUAUGAAGAAGAAGGCCUCCAUGCCAAAGGGAUUCCCAAUAGCAUUUCGAUCUGAAAUCUCUGGUUUUCGAGAUUGAAAUUGUGUUCUUCGAAGAUUCGGAAUAAUAAAUAAAUCUCUUUCCUUUCUUGUUCUUGGAGAUUGAAUUUUCAGGUUUGGAGAUCUGAUUAAUCUGCGUGUUUGUUUGGAUGUUUUGAGAAUCAUUUGAAAAAGAACAAAAAAAAAAAAAUGAUGAUUAUGGUGAAAAUUUGGAAGACAUUCAUGAAAUGUUGAAUGUUUUUCUUUUUCUU